UUGUGCAUUUUAUGUUCAAUAUAGGUAUUUGUUGUGCCUGGAAAUGAACAAAUAAAUGAAUGAAAAAUGAAUGAAAAAAAAAAGAUCACCUCUAGAUGGUCAGGAACCAGCAGCUUCACCAGCUUCUCUUCUUGUGAUCAGGACAAUUUUUUAGUUGUGUAGCAAUUCUCCCUUGAGCCCAAAUGAUGCUUGAUGUUCUGGGCUUAUAUUUAGAGAGAACAGUUGGCACUGGAAGCAACAACAAAAUAUAAAUAUUAGAGGAUCAGUUAUUUAUUUUGACUGUCUGAUUCAUAGACAAAAAUGAUGGAUGUAGCUUCCUGGUUGGAAAAAUUAGGCCACUGCAGGAAUACUUUAACCUGCGUCUUAAGGCCACCAGAUGUUGGCAACCACCUAAUGACCAAGUCCUUUCCUGAUGAGUCUGUUUAUGGUCUGACUGAAGGUACAGUCAGAAAUAAGUCACAUAAUUGGUCAGUGAAUAUAGCUAGCAGUUCCAGGAAGUGGUAAACUCACUGACAAAGUUAUCGUGGAUAAUUAUUUGAUAUAAGAAUUUUUAUAAUUAAUUUAUAACAGUAGGAAAAAACAUAAAGGUGCAAUUAGCUAUAAAGACUUAACACCACUUUUUGCACCACUUUUAAUUAUUUUCCUGCUCUUGGGCUUCACAUUUAUUUGAGGCUAAUAAUUAAUGAAAAUAACAACAACAAAAGAAUUACAGAGAGUUCAGCAACAGCUCCUAUCAUCCUCAACUUUCUUUACCCCUGCUUGUUUCUGUUUUUGGCAAAUAAACCUUGCUGGGACAGCAGGUGUGAAAUCCUCUCUCAUCGUUGUGUCUAAGUAGAAAAAUGUAGCCUAUAGGUCUAGUCAUGUACUACUGACUUGUGACACAGUAAGCAUAGAUGGGCCAGUUGUCCCAGCUUUGUACCUUAGUACUCGCAGUACUAAUCCGUUCAUCAAUUUCCCAUUUCCCUCCACUUAUCCCAUUCCGGGUCGUGGUGAGGCUGGAGUCUAUCCCAGGGUACACCCUGGACAGGUCCUCAGUUUGUCACAGGUUUAACUACAGGCACUUUAGAAUCACGAGUUAAGCUAUGAAGCACGUCUCUGAAAUGAGCACAUACUCACGUAUCAAAUUUUAGCACUUGGUGUUAACUGAUUUAACACCAUCCCUGAGGUUUUUUUGCUACUUUUACACUUAAAUUUGAUGCUUAAAAGGUUCAGAAGAAAAAUGGAAUGCCUUUCACAGGACGUGGCAUAUUUCUCUGGAGAACUCUGCUACAGUAAAUGGGCCAAACCCAUCUGGCAGGUAGAUGGAGUGGCAGCAGUGACAGGUGACAGCUAAAAUGACUCCACAUCCCGACACUGUAAUCAGUCUGUCCGUUCUGCCGUAGUCUCUCUGUUUCGACUUCUCUGCAAACCAGAAGCAGAAGCUUCCUCCUGCUACUCCUGCAUGCAUGUAAUCUGUCAACCUCUUUAAUUCGGCGGGCCUCUCGUCCUCCAGCAGCUCCUUGUCGGCUUUGUGGGAUUGAGAGAAUGGAGGGAUAGAGGCUGCCUAAUAGUUUUGCCGGGAGCCUUUGUGUUCCGGUAUGUGUUACUGGCUGGGAGCCUUUUUCUGACAGGGGGAGCUUCUUUAUACAAGAGGAAUAAACAAGUUUUUAAUAUACUGCCUUAAAGAAGGACAUAGUUUAAUCCAUUUGUGGUUAGGUCUCAUGAUUUUUUUGUUUAAAGUAUAACAGCAAUGCACCCCCUACUUUUCACAGAUUGUCAGAAGUGUUUGGGGUUUUUGAUUCUGCGACAAAGAUGUUUUUGUUGGUGGGGAAAAACUGACUUUGGCCACUUUUGGAGGCUGGUAGAUGAGUUUGGGUUACAUGCUGCACCUUUUCAAAAAUGAAGUCCAGUAUUGAGCUUUAGAAUGAACUGUGCCAUAUGCAACAUUUAGUUGGGUAUUUAUUUAUAAAAGUUUAUUUUAACUCGGGAAUUUUUUCUCUUUAAAGUUUAGACGGUAUGUAAGUGAUUUACUGGCUGGUUAUGCAGUGACAAUAAGCUUGAAGCAGCGACACACUCCCAAACUUUUAAGUCCACCGGACGAUGCAUGGUGUCACUGUCCUCUGCCUCUUUCAUUUUGCAUUAAGGAAACUUUGGUUUUGUCAAAGGUUGUUUCUAACCAAGCGGCCGUAUGCGCAUGUAUUAAAUAAAAGAUGCCCAUUUAGGUGAAUAUAGACUUCUACAUCAUGCUUUUUAUUUUCUGUUUUUACUACCCAAAACAACUGAUAUUAUGAGUAACCACUUAACUAAAAAAGAUCUUUUUUAGUCUGUGUUUUUCCCUUAAAGUUUGGUCCUACAGGGUCUAGAUGUUAAAAAAAUGCCUUCAUUACUUGACUGAUAAAAAAUUAUGGUACUUAAUGUUUUCUCUUUUUUUCUGUUUUAGUAGCAUCUUCUUAAAAGACUAAAACGUUUUAACAAUUUUAGCUUUUUAUGAAAAUUUGAGCAAAAUAAAGGCAAAGCCGUCCUGAUUGUUCAAUAGCCCGGUUCUUGAUUAUAUGUAAAUGAAAGGAAGCAGUGGAAUUAAACACUGGGUCCUUUGACCCCUUGUUGCCUGACUGGUGGUUUACCAUGGAAAGCUGCCAUGAGCACCAGUGUGUCCAAAGCUCAAACUUGAGCACAACAUUCUGACAGAAGAGCUUUAUUCAUAGUAAAAGCCUGAGUGUUGAGCCACACAGCUCUAGGAAUUAAGACCCGGCCAUUCGAGAAGAUGCUAUAGAAUAUCCACCUGCAUCAAAUCAUUCAUUCACAGCAAAUACAGUAUAUUCCCCUGACAUGACCUCCUCCCCUGCCCUGGAUGCUAACCCGUUACCCCUCCUUCAGCUUGAGGAGGUGGACUCCAGUAAAGCCACAGAGAGGGUGAGCUCCCCAGGACUUCUGCCUGCUAUGUACAGCCCUCCUGUGGGCAUGGACAACCACACCAUCUGCAUUCCCUCUCCAUACACAGACAGUAACCAUGACUAUAACCACGGGCACGGACCUUUGACCUUCUACAGCCCCUCCAUGCUGAGCUACACCAGGUCACCCAUCACUGACAGUCCAUCAUCUCUGUGUCCUCCCCUCAGCCCCUCAGCCUUUUGGCCUUCUCACACUCACCACAAUGUACCUUCACUUACUCUGCACUGCACUCAGCCUCUAGUUUAUAAUGAACCCAGCCCACAUGCACCCUGGUUGGAUCCCAAAGUUCACGGUAUCAGCCCCAGCAGCUCCAUCAUCAGCUGUAACAAGCUGCUGGGAAAGAAAUCUGAAGGAGCGGAAGGAGUGAAAUCCUCAUCGUGCUCAUCUGCGCUAGGGAAAGCCGACAUGCACUUCUGCGCCGUGUGCCACGACUACGCCUCCGGCUAUCACUACGGUGUGUGGUCCUGCGAGGGCUGCAAGGCUUUUUUCAAGAGAAGCAUCCAAGGACACAAUGAUUACAUUUGCCCUGCCACAAAUCAGUGCACUAUUGACAAGAACCGGCGUAAAAGCUGCCAAGCCUGCCGGCUACGUAAAUGCUAUGAAGUGGGCAUGAUGAAGUGCGGGGUGAGGCGUGAACGUUGUGGCUUUCGUGGUGCCCGACACCGUCGCGGUGGACCCCAGCCUCGGGAUACGACAGGUCAGAGUUUGGUAAGGGUUGGACUGGGUUCUCGGGGUCAACGGCAACUUCACCUGGGGACACCUGAAGACGCCUCUGUCCACACUCACGCAAAUCACAUGCAUCACUCAACCAUGAACCCAGAGGAGUUCAUUUCCCGAAUCAUGGAGGCAGAGCCGCCAGAGAUCUACCUCAUGGAGGACCUGAAAAAGCCGUUCACUGAGACCAGCAUGAUGAUGACCCUCACCAACCUGGCAGACAAGGAACUGGUUCUCAUGAUCAGCUGGGCCAAGAAGAUCCCUGGCUUUGUAGAGUUGAGUCUAACAGACCAAAUCCACCUGCUGAAGUGCUGCUGGUUGGAGAUCCUCAUGCUGGGCUUGAUGUGGAGGUCGGUGGAUCAUCCUGGAAAACUAAUCUUCUCUCCAGAUGUCAAACUCAGCAGGGAGGAGGGACAGUGUGUGGAGGGCAUCAUGGAGAUUUUCGACAUGCUGCUGGCAGCCACCUCUCGGUUCCGUGAGCUGAAGCUGCAGAGAGAGGAGUACGUCUGCCUGAAGGCCAUGAUCCUCCUCAACUCCAGUCUGUGCACGAGCUCCCCGCAGACUCCAGAAGAGCUGGAAAGCAGGAACAAACUGCUGCAUCUCCUGGAUUCUGUGAUCGAUGCGCUGGUCUGGGCCAUCUCCAAACUGGGCCUAUCCACCCAGCAGCAGACUCUGCGCCUUGGCCAUCUCACCAUGCUGCUCUCCCACAUCCGGCACGUCAGUAACAAAGGCAUCGACCACCUGUCCUCCAUGAAGAGGAAGAAUGCGGUGCUGGUGUACGACCUCCUCCUGGAGAUGCUGGAUGCCAACACAGCCAGCAGCAGCAGUCAAACAUCAUCAUCCUCGCCUGGCUGUGACACUUACUCUGAACAGCAACAGUUCCCCCCACCGCCGUCUGACCUGCAGCCAGGCCUGGACCAGAUGGCUACAGCUGCUGACAAUACCACUGUGCCUCCAGCGGAAGUCCCGGUCCUGGACGGACAUCUGCUCACCCUUCAGUCUACAUCUCCAUCACAGAAUUUAGCGGGGUCUCACUUGGACAGCAACGAUUACAUUUCUGCCGAGCACCUAUCACUGGAUAAUAGGGAUGCAGGUCCAGGUCCAUCGGUGGAGCCAACAACCUACGUCAUCCCUGAUAGAGUUGUCACGGAAACAGCUUGAGAGUGACAGAACUGACUGAGCCUAAACCUUAGUGGAUAUUCAUCACCCAAAGAUUGGG